CACUCAAAGAGAGAGAAGAAAAAGCAGUAAAGCACACAACUUUUUUGCCUCUUCUCACCUCACACAUCUUCAGAUCACUUUUCUUUGAUUAGGCUUUUCAUAAACCCGAGGGAAAGGGUGAUUUUUUUAUUUUUUUUGUCUUACAACAUUACCUCAAUUGAGAAGUGUGAGAAGUUAAUCGCCAUGAACAUUUUCAAGAAGAAGACUACUCCUAAAGAUGCUCUUCGCACCAGUAAGAGAGAAAUGGCUGUGGCUACACGAGGUAUCGAACGCGAGAUUUCAUCUCUUCAGCUGGAGGAAAAGAGACUAGUUGCAGAAAUCAAGAAAACAGCUAAGACUGGAAACGAGGCGGCCACCAAGAUUUUAGCUCGACAACUUGUUCGAUUGAGGCAACAGAUUACCAACUUACAAGGAAGCCGUGCUCAAAUUAGAGGUGUAACGACUCACACACAGGCUUUGUAUGCCAGCACUUCGAUUUCAUCAGGCAUGAAAGGUGCAACCAAGGCUAUGGUUGCAAUGAACAAGCAAAUGGCACCAACAAAACAAGCCAAAGUUAUUAAGGAUUUCCAGAAGCAGUCGGCACAGCUAGACAUGACGAUAGAGAUGAUGUCAGAGGCAAUUGAUGAAACACUUGACAAAGAUGAGGCUGAAGAAGAAACUGAAGACCUCACUAACCAAGUUCUUGAUGAGAUUGGUGUUGGUGUUGCAUCUCAGUUAUCUUCAGCUCCAAAAGGCCGAAUCGCUACAAAAAGCGCAGCUCCUCCUGCUUCCACUGCAACUACCAACAACAGCUCUGAAUCAAGUGAAGUGGAUGAGCUUGAGAAGAGGUUGGCUUCACUGCGACGAAUCUGAGAUUCAGCAAGUUUUCCAGGGGAAAUGCAUCAUGUAUGAAGAGCGAGAAAAAUAAACGCAGCUUCCUUUUGUUUUUCUUGCUUGUGAUCUCUGUAUAAAUCUGCUGAAACUCAAAACUGCUUUGAUAAGAUUUUGGUCAUCAUAAAACCAAACACUUUUAAAUAGAAGCAGACAUGUAUACUACAUUACUAUAGAGUUCUCUUUACA